AUGGACCGCAGCACAUUGGGUAUGGAACCAGAGCUGUGGAACAGCCCCUCCCCAGGGAAGCUGCCCGUUACAUCACUGCCAACCGAAGCAGCCUUCAAAGCCACCUGUGUGGGCACAGUGCUGCCCAGUGCCACAGCCCAGAGCCCAGAGCCUCCCAGGUCCACGUCACCCCUGGGCUCCAGCAUCACCAGCAGAGCAAGCUCAGCUGAAGCAGAUCAUCCUCAGCAGAGCUCCUGGGAGGAAAGGACGUUACCUGCCCAGGCCACAUCCCCAGUGCUGUUGGGCCUCACCCAGCAGCCUGGGAGCACUGGGCAUAGAGCCUGUGACUCGGGGGAGGACUCGGGAAGCGGCAGUGCUGCCAGCCCAGCGCCUGCUGCAGUGGGGAAGCUGGACACAGUUUCCCAGGAGGCCGGGAGCAGAACCAGCAGCUCCAGCACCUCUUGGGAGACAGACUGUGGCACCGACGUCCCCAGUGUCACGCCGGCUGCCCCCACAACCAUCAGGCGCAUGAAGGUGAAAUCGCCCUGGUUGGCCAGUGCUGCUGUGGGCAGAGCAGCAGCACACCACCACCACCGGCCAAGAAGCUGGCGCUCUCUGCCGGAAAGUCCCCGCAGGGCAGGAAGCUGCACAGGAGUGACCACCACGCACGGCCUCGCGCGCAAGCCGUUGGCAGCAGCUUCCCACUGAACAGCAGCUGCCCCAGCUCGCCUCUGCUGCCUUUGGGCACGUGCAG